CAAAAAAUGUAGUGUUUGUGUAACCAAGGAGGAGAGCUCUCGGCAAAGCUGGUGCUGGUGUCUUUCUUGGUGUGUGCAUGUGUAUGUGUUGAGUUUUCUCAUCAUGUGUGUGUUCUUGAGAGAAACUACAAGUGAGAGUUGUGUGAGGAAGAAGAAGAAGCGGCGCUGCGGAGGAGGUGGCGCCAACAGGCUGGACUCGGUGCUCGACCCGAGGCUCGCCGGCGAGUCACGCACCUGCAGGGACGAGAUGCGCAAGGUCCUCGACGUCGCGCUCCUCUGCGCCUCCAGCCUCCCGAUCGAUCGGCCGUCCAUGAGGUCCGUUGUGAAACAGCUGCUCGAGGUCAGCAACCCCGUCGUCGCUGUGGUCGACUGGUCGUGGAGGACAAGGAACCUCUUCAUGUGUGAUCCAUGUAUGGCCAUGUCUCAGAAAGCAAUGCUAGUUUGGUAGUGGCUUACGCUUUUUUUCGAUGCAGAAUAGCUCUGAAAUCUUAGAGAUAAAACCAGGUGUCUUGUUGUCCAUGCCAUGGCCAGCACUCCUACAUGAGGUCUUUUUAAAGAUCUCCAUAUGCAUCGGGAUCUCUAGGGGCGUGUUUGGUUGCCGUGUGUAACAGUGCCUGCAUCGCAUACACUUCUCUACUCAGCCUGGCUAUGCAAAUGCAGCCUCAA